UGAUUGUCCUGACCCGUACGUGCGAACAUCAAUGCGUCUCUGCAGCUGCUGUGUAUCCAUAGACACACUCACUCCUAAGUAAGUACUCACGUGAGUCAGUCCAUAAAUGCAGCCAAUCAUUCACCCAGCCACCGCCGAGCCACCCGUGUGUUGCUUCACGAAUCAGCCGCAUUAGGCACACGGUCAGACGAAGGACAAGGUUGGAGAGAUAAAAGCCUGGAUGGACACCCUCCAUCACCCAGCCACCGCCCAGCCACCCGUGUGUUGCUUCACGAAUCAGCCGCAUUAGUCACACGGUCAGACGAAGGACAAGGUUGGAGAGAUAAAAGCCUGGAUGGACACCCUCCAUCACCCGCACCAACCAACACAUGCACACACACACAGACAGACAGACACAAACCGAUCAUUGUGUGUGUGGCUGGCUGGCUGGCUGGCUGGGGAUAACGUGAAAAACUGCCCGCACGCCUUCCUCGCUGUAUAUGUUACUUCAGUCAAAUGAAUGAAUGAAUUGAUAUCACAUCACGGUCACGAAAAUGAAUAGAAAAGGGCUCACCCACCGGUGGAUGCGCCCUCCCUCUCUCGCCCACAGCAGGCUGCUGUCUGUGACUUGGAUAGGUAGGCAUUAGACAGACACACACGACAUGAAUGAGCAGAGAGACAGACGGACAGACAGAGACGCACGAACACAUGAAUGGGUAGAUAGCCACGUGGGCAGGCAGGCAGGCUGGCAGGCAGACCGACACGAACGGUUAGAUAAACGGACGUGCAUACGCCUCAGUCAUGAUGUGUGUGCACAUUCAGAUAUACAGACACACAACACGAUGUGGCGUUGCUUGCUACAUCUACAGGGGAGACAAGGAGAGAGGGAGAGAGAGAGAGACGACACGUGCCAUCCCUCAGCCAUCCAGAGGCCUUGUCUGCCCGAAUGCCGUUACAGAGCCAUGCAAUAACAAGGAUGAGGAUGAUAAAGUACACACACAUACCAUACACAGACAUCCAGCCAUUCGCACGUUCGUAUCUACGCGCGCCACCCCAGCAGCCAGGCAGCCAUGCCACCCAUGCCACCCGACCGACCGCCAUCCACCAAAAUGAUCAUAAAAGACACCUAGCGGCAGAAUUAAGACCGUACGCUCUUCUUGACUAUCGCCAUUUCCAUGUCUGCAGCCCGGCUCAUAAAAUUCCCGCUACGCGGCGAUCCAUCCAUCCAUCCAUGUAGGUGAAAAAAGGAAACAGCGGCUGGCGUGCUCCCCUCUCUCUCAAGGGAGCAGCUUCUUCAGCAGCAGCUGCCGCUUCAGCUCAGGCUGGGUAUCAAACACCAUCAUCAACUGACACACACACACACACACACACACAUGGGCAGAGAGAGAGCGAGAGAUACAGACGUGCGUCAUUUGGCUUACGUGCUCAUGGUCUUCCAGCAGCUCCGGCAGGUGGUCGCUGAUGACUCCAAGGCACUGCUUCCUCAGCUCGUCAAAAGCCGCGUCGUCCCGCUGCUUGGAUGCGAACACCCACCACGACACCGCCUGCAGCGCAAUCGACGACGGCGGACCGCCGUCACACGACACCACACCGGUGGUCGACCGGCCCCUCACGCAAAUGUCCGUCGACGAGCCAGACGUCGACCGGUAGACCGUCGUGCAUGACGAGAAUAUGCCGCCAGUGGUCCUUCUGGGUGUGAGUGAGGGGGGCGUGGAAUGGCUGCUGGUAAGCAGGGCUGCCGUGGAAAUGGACGAGGGGAGUGUGUGAGGGGCGGUGGCGACGGUGGCCAGGAGCUCGCCCAUGGCACGGACGCACCGGUCCACCAGCUUGUCGAGCAUCAGACGGUGGGCCAGCAUCAGCACAUCCAACACCUGCACACACACAGACACACACAUUCACACACACAAGACACGUGUGUCUGUCUGGUUGGUCUGGCGGUCGAUAUGAGUGCGUGAGUGGAUGGGUGACCUCGUCAGGCCGUGGGUCGUAUUCGUUGGUGUAGAUAAAGGCCAAGACGCCCUGCAUGGCCGUCGGGGUCGUGUCGCGGAUCUCUAUCGCCCGUUUGCCCUUCUCGUUGAGCGCCGUGCAGAAGAGGCCGCGGAAGAAGUCACACCGAGCGGCGAGGAUGGCUCGGUGCACGGGGAACCUGACAGACACCAGCAAACAAGGUGUGAGUGUGCGAGGCUGCGACACCAUUUGUUGAUGGAUGCACUCACGUGUGCCCGUCCACUUCGAGUUCCAUAUCGGACAGGUCAGUGUCUACACACACACGCGCAGAGAGAAUGCACAAUCGACACCGUCUGCGAGCCCAUGUCGGUCAUCCCCUCCCUCUCUGUCUGACCUCCGAGGAGCCUGCCAACGCAGAAGUCGUCCCUGCCUCGCCCGAGGAAGCCCUCCUUCUUUGGGUGGGGGCGCGCCGCCAACGGCAGAAACCGGACACUCCACUUCUUGGGGCUGUUGGGGUGCGCGUCCACCACCCACAUGUUGCCGAACGGAUCUAUCGUCAACCUGCACCCAGCCACGCACACACAUGCGCUAUCUCCUUUCGUCCCUCUGUUUGAGUGUAUCUGUGUGGCGUACGCGUAGGGUCCUUCAAAUGCAGCAGCGGUCGCCACGCCGUCGCAGCUCUCGAUGCGCCCGUCGCCGGCCAGAGUCCUCACAUUGCCGCAGGGCGACACGCACCGGAUGCGGGCGUUGAGCGAGUCGGCCACGUAGAUGUACCCCGACUGGUCCACACACAAAUCCUGAUGGACUCAAGACACAGCAAAAGUGAGCAAAUGGCAUGGAUGAGUGCGUAUGUGUGUCGGUGCCUCGGCUGCCUGCUGACCCUGGGGCAGUUGAACUUGGCCUUGACGCCGAAACCAUCGCUGAAUCCCUCCUCCUGCCCGCCCGCCAGUGUGGUCACCUGCCUGGUGAGCGGGUCGAUCCGCCUGAUGGCGCUGCCGCAGCCCAUGUCCAUGACGUACACCGUCCCUCCGCCCACACCCGCCCCUCGCGGGUCGACACAGAUGGCCUGCGGGCAGAUGAAGGACGCCUCGGUGCCUUUGCCGUCCAGCCGCUCCAGCCGCCCUGAGCCUGCCAGGACCGUCAUCUGGCCCGUGUGGUCGAUUCGGUAGAUGAUGCGGGCAACUGAAUGCAGGAAGAGAGAACACGCCAUGCAAUGCAGUGAGAGAGCGGUGUUUGUUCCCGUGCGUCUGUGUGCGCGUACCAGGGUCGGCAACGUAUAUGACGUCCCUAUCGUGUGCAACGGUGGUGACGGCGACACGCACAGGAGCGCCCCCCGAUAGCAGCGAGGCGAACGGCGCCAGGGACGUCCCUCUCGUAUGGAUGACGAGCGACCGUAUCGACCCAUCCUCGGGCAGCCGGCGCAUGAUCUUCCGCCGAAAGUCCAGCCCGUACACGUCGCCCCUCGGCGACACCCCGACGGCAAUGCACGCAUUCACCACGCUGGGCAGGCCGAUUAGGGAGGUGACGUUCUUGACUCCCACGCCCGUCAGCAGCUGAGGCUCGCCCUCCCCGCCCUUGAGCGCCUCCCCGCCAGGCCGCCGUACCGGCAGCCGCCAGACGGUGAAGCGCUUGCCAUCGGCGACGUACAGGCUGCCCUUCUUGUCGGAGUGGAUGCUUGAUGGCACCAGGGAAGACCCCUCGCGGCCUUUGAAGGGCACGCGGUAGGUGGUGACGAACAGUGGGCGCUCCGACUGCAUGAGGAGGGGGAGAGGGGUUGCUGCGUUGUAGCUGUUGA